UAAGAGAGACAGCCGAUUCAGCACCGGGUCUAACCGGAGCCGGUAGACAAAAUACAAACCCUCAUUUGAGACACGCAAACUCUCCGAACCUGUAGCUCGGUGGAUACUCGAGGUUUUAUUCAGCUUCCAAGACAGGAGCCAGUCGCUCCCUUUGAUGCAAAGGCAACAGAGUGGGAUGCAGUCGUCUCUCUCAGGAUUUCUGUCUUAUCAGACAACUUCUUUGUUCUUCAGGCAGCAGCAUGUCUGAAAAGAAAUCCAGUCAGCGGUUUCACAGCCUGAACACCGAGCAGGUUGAGGUCCUCCAUCAGGUUCUUUCCGAGGUAGUUCCAAUCCACGGCCGCGGAAACUUUCCCACGCUGGAGCUGCGUCCUCGUGACAUCAUCAUAGCGGUGCGGGCUAGGCUGCAGAAUCAGGGAAUCACAGUUAGAGAUGUUCGUCUGAAUGGCUCCACAGCCAGCCAUGUCCUUGUUCGAGACAACGGAACAAGCUAUAAGGACCUGGACAUCAUCUUUGGAGUGGAGUUGCCCAGUCAAGAGGAAUUUCAGGUGAUCAAAGAAUCAGUGCUGGGUUGCUUGCUGGACUGCCUGCCUGCUGGGGUCAACAGAGAGCGGAUCAGCAGCGCCACGAUGAAGGAAGCCUAUGUUCAGAAAAUGGUCAAAGUAUUCAACGAGCAUGACCGCUGGAGCCUCAUCUCCCUGUCGAACAACAGCGGCAAAAACCUGGAGCUCAAGUUUGUCAGUGUGCUAAGACGGCAGUUUGAGUUCAGUGUGGACUCUUUCCAGAUCAUUCUGGACCGUCUCUUAGAGUCAUACAUGCAGCACGAUGCACAGCACAAAAUGAAUACUGUUCAUCUUAAGGACCAGCCGGCAGAGAGUCAGAGUAAAUGCAGUUCUUCGGUGCUCAAACAGACCAUUGCUCCAGAUAUGGAGAAGUCAAUAGGUGGAGACUUAUCUGAUGGAGAAAAGACUCAGAACAUCCAGACUCAACAGAGAGAUGAAGUGCACGAGAGAGAGAAAACUGAACAAUCAAACCAGGAAAAGCAGUCUGUAGUGGAAAAAGAGAAAACAUCAACAGGAACAGCAGAAGUGUCUGAGCACAAAGAAAAAUUAAAUAAGACAGACCAGACAUCUGUAAACAUUUUGUCAGAAAAGAGACAAACCUCUGAGGAAACCGAGCCACCAGCUCAGAAUGAACUCAGACAAGAGCCAGAGCUCUUAGAGAAGCCUGAGUCCUCAGUGACGCAAGAACAGUCAGAGCAAAUGAAAUCCUGUGAUGGCCAACAACCAGCACAUUCAAAUUAUAAAGAACUCUCUGUUGAGAAAGAACUGGCUAGCCACACAGAACCGCCUGACGUGCAGAGAAAACUCACAGGGCAGAUAGGACAUUCUGAUACGGCCGACACAUCGCAAAACCCACAGACAGAGUGUUUAAACCUUGCAGAGGAGCCUCACAGUACAGAGAAGUCUGAUAAAACAAACUUAUCUAAGGGUCUCAGAAAGGAUCAGAGAAGCAAUGAGGCAGAUAAAACUCAACACGUGUCUUCUCCAGACGACAGCACAUCUUCAUGUGCUAAGGUAGAGAUGCAGUUAGAAGAUGAAAGAAAAGCAGAAACAGAGGACAGUGAGGAGAUUGAAGCAGAGAGGAAAAAGGACACAGAAAUGAGUGAAGUCACAGAGGAGAUCUCAGCACUGGAGGAGAAACAUGGAGAAGACACACAGAGUAUUGAUUGUUCCUGCUCCACCUCUUCCACUCUUACACCUAUCAACACACAGCCUGCUGACACUGAAGACACACUGGAGGCUCAUAGCACACAAUACCCAGAUAGCUCAGAGAAAACCACUAACAUGCUUGAUGCCGUCAGCCCACCAGAUGCUCAGGAUAUUUCACCUACACCACCUAGCCUUGUUUCUGAUAAAAAGACAUCCUCCUCUCCUUCUGGUAAGGUCUCAGACAGACUAUCUCACAUGGUGGUGCUCAAACACUCAUCUCCCAAACCUCCUCGGAGGAUGUGUAGAAAGGUUACCCCUAGUCCUUACCCCAGUCCAGUUUCUGAAAGUGAACUUGUUGUCACACUCUGUUCAGAUUCAAACCUUUUCCCUGCACUUGAAUCUAACACAGUCUGUAACCUAAAAUCAGCAGCUGCCAGUUUGCAACCGACGACUGUCCCUACAGCUGGGCUCGAGCCUGAUCCUUCCAAUAACCUACCAUCAAAUCCUGACUUCACCUCAGUUUGUGGUCCAGCCCUCGAUAUAAUCCCUGUCACAGAUGUGGAUCCCACAUCUGAGUUACCUCAAGAGCCAUCUUCCUCUCAGAUAAUCACAGAAAGUUUGUGUGAAGAAAGCUUGAAAGAGACACUAAACACACAUUUUGUUUUUGAUGAGCAAAGCCAGUCCUCCACAAGAGAAACUGUAUCUGAUCUCAGACAAUCAGAGUGUCUCGACUCAGUGGAAACAUCAGUUUCACAUACUGACACGUCCAGCUCCAGCAGCCAAGACACUGCACUUCCUGCUGAUGAAGAUGAAGCUAGAAUAACCACAAAAUCAAAUCUGAAUCCACACAACAGUCCACAAGAAACCACAAUUAGUUCACCUCUCACGUCCCAGUCUGUCACCUCCUCUGUGUCCUGUCUCAACCCUCCUGUGCUCAGUCUCUCCCCUCCAUGUUUCACUCCCUCACCCCCCAGCCUCAGUCCUCCCCCAUGUGUAACACCACCGUCUCCGAUAAUAAAUACAACAAGCCCUACUGCCAGCUUUAGCUCUCCACCUCUAAGUUUUAGCCCGACCUCAUCCUGCCUCAGCUCACCUCCUUACCUCACCCCUCCUAUGCUCAGCCUAAGCCCUCCUCCACUCUGUCUGACACCACCUUCUCCCUGCCUCAGUCCUCCACUCCUUUGCCUCACUCCGCCUGUGGAGUCUGAGGACCUUGUACCUCAGGUAACUUCAGACAUGGAGUCUUUGAUACUGAAUACAAACAGUGAUGAACAGAUUGAACAACUCUCCCUUCAGUCAGGAGAUCCUCCUCUAGAGUUGGAGGAUAAAAAGGAAAACGAUUAUAUCUCAUCGUUGCCUCAAGUUGCAGAGCCUGUGUCUUUUCCAAUCACAAUUCCAAGCUCCAAUUCACAUGUGCUGCCUCACUCUCAGUCUGGAGGCUUAGGGGAAUCUGCCCCUCCAAAGGCCAUUGAGGCAUCCACAUCUGUGCCUGAGAACGAAGAGGCCCCAAAGGUAACAAAAGACAUGUCUGAAGAGUGCAGCUCUCCUCAAGCAUCCGACUCAGUCCCUGCUGUCGAGGUCCUGGCAGAAAGCAUGUAUGGUGACUUUGAGGCCGCCAUGGAUCACCUGCGCUAUCGCCUGAUUGCUACCAGAAACCCUGAAGAGAUUCGAGGUGGUGGCUUGUUGAAAUACAGCAACCUGCUGGUCAGAGACUACAGACCGGCUAGUGAGACUCAGAUAAAGACGCUGGAGCGCUACAUGUGCUCACGUUUUUUCAUCGAUUUCCCUGAUGUGCAGGAGCAGCAGAGAAAAAUCCUGUCCUACUUGAAGAACCACUUCAUUGGCGAGGAGAGAAGCAAAUACCAGUACCUGAUGACGCUGCGUCGCGUGAUAGACGACAGCACCGUGUGUCUGAUGGGCCAUGAGAGGCGUCAAACACUGAACAUGAUCACAGUGCUGGCAUUGAAGGUUCUUGGAGAACAGAACAUCAUACCCAACACAGACCACGUGACGUGCUUCUACCAGCCUGCCCCCUACCUUGCAGAGCACAGCGCCCCCUAUCUAGCAGAACCCAGCUACUGCAGCUACUACAUACCACAAGGGGGAUCAACUCUGCUGUACCAACCAUACCCUUUACACCUGCACCCGCAGACUGGUCUAGUCUGAGACCCUUGUGAACAUACAUGUACACAAAACCCACAUUUAAGCAAGGGCAUUGUGCUCACUAUGAAGGAAAAGCUGGAAAAUGGAAAUUAUAAUCCAGGAAUAAACUGUUUGGUCUAUAAUAGACCUGUGGGGGUGGGAUUGAGUGGGUUUUUACAGUGACCUCCCUGAGUACUAUAUAAGGUUUUAACAUGAUUAUAUGUAAUUAUCUGGGCUUUGUGGGAAAAUAAUAAUUCUUCCAAUAUUAUUAAAAUUCCAGAAAAUGCUGUAUGCACUGCAUGAGUCAUAGGCCUUUGGUCUCCCUGGGAAACCAACUGUGCUGUUGACAUUCUCAGACAUACAUGCACACAAACAUACACACACACACACACACACACACACACACACACACACACCCACACACACACACACACACCCACACACACACACGUCCAGGUUCUUAAUUCUUCUUCACUCUUUUCAUGUUCUUACUGUGUUGUUCUUAAUGGGUUUGUUCAGAACGUGGACCUUGCCUGUGGUUGCUAUUGUGCAUGGAAACAUUAGGACUGUUUUCUCACUGCCAAAUACUGUGUGAAUUCUAUGCUUCUCAAACAGUUUCUUGUAACUUUGUUAUUCCUC